AUGGAGAUUGUCACGACUGCUGUGGGGAAAGUCGUAGAACCGAUAAUAGAAUACACUGUGAAAGCCACUGCUAGGCAAGUGGGUUAUUUGAUUUUCUACAAAGACAACUUCAAGAACCUCGAGAAUCAAGUUGCGGACCUGAAAGGUGCAAAGGGCACAAUCAAUCGUGAAGUGGAAGUAGACAGAAGAAAUGGACGAAAAAUUCACGAUGCUGCACAGAAGUGGCUAGACAGAGUGGAUGAAAUCGUAGAAGCAGCAGAGCAACUUGGUGAGGAUCCUCGUCGUAAGAAUGCUGGUUGCUGCAAUGGGCCUUUUGUUGAUUUAAAGUCACGGCAUCAACUUAGUAGAAAAGCAAAGAAGAUGGCUGUAAACGCUACUGAAGUGAUGGAAGCAAAAGAUAACAUCGGUCCACUUACAUACUUGCCUGCUCUAGAGGGAGUGGGCUCCGCCUCUGCUACAGGCAGUGAAAAGCUUCAAUCAAGAAAGAAAAUGAAGGAGGACAUUGUCUUGGUAUUAAAAGACCCCAACUUAAGGCGAAUAGGGGUCUAUGGGCUGAGCGGAGUGGGAAAAACCACUCUUGUUGGAGAAAUUGCCAAACAAGUUAAAGAUGACAAGUUGUUUGAUGAAGUUGUUAUGGCUAAUAUAUCCCAAAUUGCAGAUCUCGAAAGAAUUCAAGAUGAAAUUGCAGAUAUUUUGGGUCUUCGCUUUGAGGAAUCGAGCAUACUUGGAAGAGCAUCUCGCUUGAGGCAGAGGAUUAAAGAUGAGAAAAGUAUCCUAGUCAUAUUGGAUGAUAUUUGGGAUGUACUUGAACCACAUAAGCUUGGAAUUCCUCUGAAUGAUCAUAAGGGCUGCAAGCUAUUGAUGACUUCUAGAAAUCUAGAAAUAUUACAAAAUAUGGAGACUCAAAAAGACUUCAUGAUAGAUAUUUUAAAUGAAGAUGAAACUUGGAGCUUGUUUGAAGAUAUGGUGGGUGACGUUGUUAAAGAUAUUAGCUUACAUGAUGUGGCAACCCAAGUGGCCCAAAAAUGUGCUGGCUUGAUUGUUCUCAUAGUGGCAGUGGCAAGAGCAUUAAAAAAUAAAUACGAUUUUGAUUCUUGGCAAGAUGCCUUGAACCAGGUAAAGACGGUUGAUAAGGAAGGGAUGAAUGAGAAAAUUUAUUCGGCUUUGGAGUUCAGCUACAAUCAUCUUGAAGGCGAUGAUGUGAAAGCACUUUUCUUGCUUUGUGGAUUAUUAGGUCCACAAAUUCAUGUUAAAGACUUGUUGACAUAUGCUAUGGGUUUGGGCACAUUCAGGCAAAUUUAUAGUCCAAAAGAUGCAAGAAUUAAACUUCACAGGUUGAUUGGUUCCUUGAAGGCAUCUUGUUUGUUGCUCGAAAACAACUCAAACAACAAAGUUAAAAUGCAUGAUAUUGUGCAUGAAGUAUCGGCCUCAAUCGCUUUUAGAGAUCAGUAUGUUUGCAAAAUUAGAGGGGGUGAUGAGCUGAAAAAAUGGUCAUAA